UUUUCUUGCCAUCCGACGUCUUUCUCCGUGCAGCGGACACUCACACCAAACCUCAGCCAAACUAACAGAGAAUUUAUUUCUGAACUGGACAAGAGGGAACACGCAGAUAACCAGUGUGUGUGUGUACGCAGCAAGAGCCCAAACUGUGUGUAUACAUAGACAACACUCGUGCGACGGCCAGGGACACAUACUAUACGUGUAUGUGAGAUGAGGAGAAGCUAAGUGGCUACCACAACCACCCAGAUCAGACAGCCUCCUGUGCUGCAAGAUGGAUUAGAGCCCCCACACCUCAGGAGAUCAAAGGUGGCUGUGACAGGGGCACCCCCGGGGCAGGACCCAUGAGGAGUCAUAGAAGAUGCUCACAGCCUGGGCGCUUCUGCUCUUCUUAGCCAUGUGGGUGAGAAGCACCUCUGGUGGCCCGCUCUCCUUCAGAAUAGCUGCCAUCCUUGAUGACCCUAUGGAGUGCAGCAGAGGAGAGCGUUUGGCCAUCACGCUGGCCAAAAACAACAUCAACAGGAGCAGUAACCGCUCCAUCACUGGCAAGCUGGAGGUGGACAUCUUUGAACUGCUGAGAGAUAGUGAAUAUGAGAUGGGGGAAACAAUGUGCCAGAUCAUGUCGAAAGGAGUGGUGGCGGUACUCGGUCCCUCUGCCAGUCCGGCCUCCAACUCCAUCAUCAGCAAUAUCUGUGGAGAGAAGGAGGUGCCCUAUGUCAAGGUGGCUCCAGAAGACAUUCUGAAGGUUCACUUCCCCCGGUUCACCACUCUGGAUCUGAGGCCAACCAACACCGACAUCAGCCUGGCUGUCGCCGGCCUUCUCAACUUCUUUAACAGCACCACCUCCUGCCUCAUCUGUGCACAGGCUGACUGCUUAUUGAACCUGGAGCAACUCCUCAGGCAGUUCCUCAUCUCCAAGGAGACUUUGUCAGUGCGCAUGCUUGAUGACAGCAACGACCCGACCCCGCUCCUGAAGGAGAUACGAGAUGACAAGACUGCCACUAUUAUAGUCGAUGCCAACGCCACCAUGUCACAUAUAAUUUUGGAACGGGCAUCAGAGCUGGGGAUGCUGUCAGUCUACUACACUUACAUCUUCACCUCUCUGGAAUUCUCUUUACUCCGACUGGACGACGUGGUGGACCAACAUGUCAACAUAGUUGGUUUUUCAGUCUUCAACAAAACUCAUCCCUUCUUCCAGGAUUUUGUGCUAAGCCUAAACCGCUCCUGGCAAGAGAACUGUGACCAUGCACCCUUCGCUGGCACCCCACUCUCCUCAGCUCUGCUCUUUGAUGCGGUAUACGCGGUGGUUGCUGCGGUCCAGGAGUUGAACCGCAGCCAGAAUGUUGGUGCCACUCAGCUCUCCUGCAAGUCCUCCAAGAUCUGGGAGCACGGCACCAGCCUCAUGAAUUACCUGAGGAUGGUAGAAUUGGAAGGUCUAACAGGCCACAUUGAAUUCAACAGCAAAGGUCAGCGGUCUAACUACGCCCUGAAGAUCAUGCAGAACAGCAAGGAUGGCCUAAGGCAGAUUGGCCUGUGGCACUCUGAAGGUGGACUGUCCAUGGAAAGAAAGCUUCCAUCAAUCAAUGUGACGGACACCCUCUUCAACACUACUCUCACCAUCACGACGAUAUUAGAAAAUCCAUAUGUGAUGCUGCGGCCGAACCACCAACAACUGGAGGGAAAUGACCGCUACGAAGGCUUCUGUGUGGACAUGCUGAAGGAGCUAGCAGAUAUUCUCAAGUUCAAGUAUCGCAUCCGGCUGGUGGGGGACGGACUGUACGGGGUUCCUGGAGCCAACGGAACGUGGACCGGCAUGGUUGGAGAGCUCAUCUCACGGAAAGCUGACCUGGCAGUUGCAGGCCUCACAAUCACAGCCGAGCGUGAAAAGGUCAUCGACUUCUCCAAGCCCUUCAUGACCCUUGGCAUCAGCAUCAUGUACCGUGUCCACCUGGGACGUAGGCCAGGCUACUUCUCCUUCCUUGAUCCCUUCUCCCCAGGAGUCUGGCUCUUCAUGCUUCUGGCCUACUUGGCUGUCAGCUGUGUCCUCUUUCUUGUGGCCAGAUUGACACCUUAUGAGUGGUACAACCCCCACCCCUGUCUAAAGGGUCGUUGUAACCUACUGAUCAACCAGUACUCACUUGGCAACAGUUUCUGGUUCCCUGUUGGAGGCUUCAUGCAGCAAGGAUCCACCAUUGCUCCCAGAGCUUUGUCCACACGUUGCGUCAGCGGAGUGUGGUGGGCCUUCACAUUAAUCAUCAUCUCAUCCUACACUGCCAACUUGGCUGCCUUCCUAACAGUCCAGAGGAUGGAGGUGCCAAUAGAGUCCGUAGACGACCUUGCAGAUCAGACGGCAAUAGAGUACGGCACCAUGCACGGAGGAUCCACAAUGACCUUCUUCCAGAACUCUCGCUACCAGACCUACCAGCGUAUGUGGAACUUCAUGCACUCAAAACAGCCCAGUGUGUUUGUGAAGAGCACGGAGGAGGGCAUCGCCCGUGUCCUCAACUCCAACUACGCCUACUUGCUAGAGAGCACUAUGAACGAGUACUACCGCCAGAGGAACUGCAACCUGACUCAGAUUGGAGGACUGCUGGACACUAAGGGCUAUGGCAUCGGCAUGCCGCUGGGGUCAGUGUACCGCGAUGAGUUUGACCUGGCCAUCCUCAAAGUGCAGGAGGACAAUCGUUUGGAGAUCCUCAAGAGGAAGUGGUGGGAUGGUGGAAAGUGUCCAAAGGAGGAGGACCACCGUGCCAAAGGUCUGGGCAUGGAGAACAUCGGCGGUAUCUUUGUGGUGCUGGUGUGUGGCCUGCUGGUGGCUAUCUUCAUGGCAGUGCUGGAGUUUGUGUGGAUGUUAAGACAGGCACCAGGAAAUGAGCAGUCAGUGUGUGAGGAGAUGCUGCGGGAGCUCCACGGGAUCGUCCUGUGUCGCGACAGCCUGCAGGUGAGGCGUCGGCGGGCGGCUUCGAUGCUGCGGCCGCGGCCCUUGCCCCUGGAGGAGCGGCGGGCUCGAGCUGCAGCCGUCAGCCUCAGCAACGGCAAGCUGUGCGGGGGCACCGGACUGCCUGAACCCCUCUCCCACAGACUGGCACAGGAGGCUGCCCUGGUUGCGAGGGGGUGCAGCCACAUCCGCAUUUGCCCCGAGUGCCGCCGCUUCCAGGGACUGAGGAUGCGUCCUCCAGGGGCUACUGGGGCCCUCCCUUCUCCCACGCACAGUGAGGAGAGCAUAGAGUGGGACAAGACCACAAAUAGCAGUGAACCUGAAUAACGCCCGGCGAUUCCAACAGGACUGACUUUCACAGCUGCCACCUCUCUACUUUCCAGGGAUCAAAGUUCACAUGGUAUUUUGAUUCAGCCAUCCGGAGCUUGAUCUUAAAAGGCAGAACAGUGCUGUGAACUUUGUUUUGACCUAAAGGCAACAGUCAGUAGUUUUGGAGUCUCCUUGGGUGCAUUUUUUCCUUGGUCAUAGGAGAAACUGAUGAGUCUGUCUCAUUGUGGUCGGUCCCUGUUGGCCCUCUGUACUGUGUCAAACAGGACGGACAAAAACAGCUACGGGGCAUUUGUACUAUGCAGUAUUUCCAGUCAUUUAUCAUUGUGCUCUUUCUUUUUUUUCCCUUUUUAAAUUAUUUCUGUCCUCUGUUGGAUUAUGAAUACUGAAUAUCGUUAUUCUAUUGUUCUGUUUCUUUUUUUAUCUGACAAUUUACUGUAUUAACGUAUAUUGCCUCUGAAGAGCUGCAAAGAUGAACAGACUAAAGUAAGGGCAUCCUCCAAAUCCUUUUAUUUUGAAAGUGCCAAAAACCAUAAGUAUUAUCUUGUGGCUGAAGAAAGCACCACAGCCUUGAGAAGCCAACAAACUCAACUGAACCUAGAAAACAAACAAACCGAGACACACACACACACACACACGGACUUCUUUUAUAGUAGUGAUAUUCUAUUAAAAAAUGUUUUAACUGUUGGUAUCUCUGAAAGACAGCGAUGCAUGUCCAGAGAUGUUGGCAGGAGCUCAUUGAAUGAUAAAUUCCUGUGUUGAAUACCUGCUUUUAAAAAAUGAUGGCUACACACACACAACAACAUCCAUUAGUUUCCUUCUUCCUCUGUGUCCUGACAUUACUUUCUCCUCCAUCUGUCCUACAUCUUUGACACCAUGACAUUUAUCGUCUCAUCAAAUGUCAUUUUUAUGAUCUCUCACUUAUAAAAAUAUGAGCACAGUCUGCAAGAGAUUCGAGGUAUAUUCAAGAACGACUCAGGUUAAAUGAGGACAAGCCAGUGUGAAUGAAACCCAACUUAUAUCAGAACCAACUGAUAAUGUGAAGACCCUGGUGAAGCAAAGGUGUUUCUAGAUUCUUUUAAAAUGUCAAAGCAGUUAAACCUUUACUGAUUGCGAUGUUUUACAAAAUGCUUCGAGGAGUAUUUCAGUUCAGAUCAGCUGAGGUGCUCUCCGAUAUUUUCAUAUUUUUAAUUUUAGUCUUAGUAUGUUCCCACUGAAACGAGUGGUGUUACUGUAUGAUAGCCUGACAGUUGCACAGUGGGACUCAACGGUCAUCCACCUGUCUUCACCACGUCUUGCUUAUCUCUGAUGUGUCCAUCAUUUUAAAUCUGUCCAUCAGGCUCUGUCAGUCAAGAGUCCCUCUGAACUAGGCCACCAACUAAACACAGCGGCAGUAUCUCUCCUGUACUUGUAUUAACCAGGUUCCCUUUCUAUCUUUGUCUUCUUUGUCACCUGCAGGAUUUCACAGUUGAAAUUCUCUGCAUAUUCUAUUUUAAAGCAGAAAUCUGGAAAAUGAGCGACUAUAACAUCGAGGUGUCCGACCCAUUGAUCAUUCACCAUGUUUUCUUUUUCAUCUUAUUGUCAACAGGUCACAAAAUCAAAACAGAUCACAAAUCAAAAACUCCAAUCUGUCUGUGGCACGUUAUAAAGACAACAUAUCCAUCUUGCCAAGUUCCUGAAUAGAAAAAAAACAUACAUUAGUUAACCAUAGAGCAAAAUCUCCUUUACGUUUGCAUAAAUCUCCAAGUAGAAAUAUGAACAUAUGAAAGGGAAAGGGGCUAAAAGCUUCAAAAUGAACACCUCAGUUUUGUCUUUCUAGAGUUACCAUUUGUCUAAUGGUAGAACUUUCACAGAGAAAUAACUUCAAUAUUGAGUGAACAUCUUCACUCUAAGAAAACAAAAUGCAUUUCUUUGCAAAGUAAUGAAUCAUAAUUAGUCUCCUGCAUUUGAGAUGUUGAAAUGUUUAUGCUGCAUCAUGAUAAGAACACAUAUGUGAGUGAUCACACUGUCACCUUGUUGUUAAAUCCUUCUGUCAUUUCUUUUACCAUUUCAUAUUCACAGAUAUGAGUUCACCCAAACUGCCUAAACUAUAAUAUUCAGGCACCUGUUAUUGCAUUAAUGGUCGUGAUUGGUAUGCUGUCUCAGAAGCUGUUGAACAUGUGGUGGAUCAGCCGCUGACAGACCUGGAGAGAGAACUGCAGCAUGAUUGUACUAAUUUCAGAGUUUUCAGUGAAUUAAUGGUUCUGAACAAUUGGGUGACUGGAAUAACAAAAUAGUGGAGUUUUCUAUUUGAAAGGUCCCUCUCCCCCACUGUUUCAAUAUCAGUCCAAUCAGUUACUGAGAAGUGUUUCAGGACUUCAGAUGACAUUUUUGAUUCAGGUCCGCAGUGUGUCUGAAAUCCCACAAGACCACACACCAGUGUUUGAAACAGCAUUUAAUCUGCUUGAUUUGGCACCGGAUAUAACGACUGGGAGUCGCAGAGGCGCUAUGUUAUCAUCUGCUGAAGCGCCAAUAGUGCCAAUGCACCUAAUCUUCAAGUAAUGAAUUAUUAAUGUACCACAGAUGGUUUGUAAAUACAGUAUGAUUAACAGGGUUCCCCAGUAAUGGUCCAAAGUGUUGUUGUUGUUUUUCUAUCACAGGAGUAACAAGUUAUGUUAAUAGAACAGAGAGUACAGACCUACAUGUGUAUUAUGUUAUAUGGGCACAUAUUGCUAUUCAGCCAUAGAUACACAGACACAGAUUGUGAGCAGCAUAAUGGUGAAAAACGAUCUUCACAGAUGGUCAAUGUUAACUUUCUAUUUUUCUUUCUAUUAUAACUUAUUAAAGGCAAAUUGACAAGCAAAUGGCAAAGAAAAAAAGCCCCAUAUUUCAUUACCAGUUUUAUAAAAGAAGUUUCUAUCCAUUUGCUUAAUGUCACUAAGAAACUCAUGAGAGUAAGAAGGCUCUUGCUGCACCCGAUGCUAACUUCUCGAACACUGAAAACAUUUACAGGAGUGCUAAAUCAAGCAUAGUUGGAAUGAGAUUGCCAAUUACCUUGAAGGCAUGGAGAGCAGUAGAGCAAGAAUUAAAACAGAUCCCACCAAAACACUGGGCGACCUUCGCUGGGAGACCUCAGAGAGAGAUGGCAGGGUUUGGCUGCUAUAUUUUAUAUGCUUUUUUUUUUUUUCUUAUGUUGACAUUUUUAUUCCAUUAUAAAUACAUUUCUUAAAACAACCCUCCGUUCUGUGGGGUUCUGCUUUUGUCCCUUCUUUCCUCUGAUGUGUUUGACCUUCUGAGCUAUUUAGAUUUGUCAAGCUAAAUAUGGUCUGAGUGCACUUUGUUUUUCUAGUUUUAUUAUUCAACCAGAAGAAAUAUUCAGACAGUGCACUUGGUUUGUUGUGACAUAAUACGCAUGUGGGGAAGCAGUUUGAAGAUGUAUGGAUUUCUAGCUGAGUAAACAUGACGAUUGUUAAGUGAACCAGAAGGAGCUCACGCAUUUACCUCGUGUUUAUCUCCCAUAACUGAAUUAAUGUCUGCCCACUUGAGAAUUUGUUGAACAGCUGAGAAUGUGUGUGGGUGGGAAGUCUAACGGAGGCUAAUGAGUUUAACACCUCACUCAUGUGCUUUUAUGCGCAUACCUGUAGUCCAUCUAUUAGUCAUUUUCAAUAGAUAUUUCUCCCUCCUCGGGAUAGUGAGCGAACACACACAACAACCUGCAUCUGAUUUACAAUUUAAUUAAUUCAGGCUGCCUCUGUCUCCUCUCCUCUCCUCUCCUCUCUGAGUGCCUGUCUCACAAUCUUUCCACUGCAGCAUUACAGAUGACAAGUUUUUUCAGUGCGUCACCAACCUGCGUGUCACACCGCAUAUUCCCAGCACACACAGACCCACAUAACUCUGACGAGAGUGACACACGUACGUAAACACUCACCGCCACCUGUAUGUCACUGCCGUGUCGCGUUUAUUUCAUCGUACUCAUGCUUCUCCUUCUGCUCCGGGUCCAUAAAUUCAGUGCAUCUCUACCCACCGCUGCCUAGCUGCUAUUGGAUUUAUGGAGUUCAUGAUGAGCAUUGAGUGCCUGCAGAGGUGUGUGAAAAUCUACUUCUCUCAUCAAGCUUACCCAGUUGUAGCACAUAGCAAUAUCAAUUUACUUGUUGGUUGUCUGCGAGGAUUUAGGAAUUAUAGUGUACUAAGUCUGAUGCACUUUUCCACGCUAACAGCUCACAUCCCAUACACUUGAAGAGUGACUUUCUUAUCAGCCCACUCCGGGUAAAUAAAUGUUUUUGUGGCUUCUUGCUAACAUAAAAUUCAUAUUUUCACAGUCUAGCUCUACGAAACCAAAACAUGGGAUAUUUAGAAAUGUUUCAAAUAGUUUGGUUCUAUAAACAAUCAGUAUGUUUUUAUUGCUUUCUUAUAGAAAUUGUUAAAUCUAUUCAUCAUAUUUCUACUGCAUACCUUUGUCAAACAAUAUCUUCCUCCUCCUCCUCCUCCUCCUCCUCCUCCUCCAAGAUUCCCCAAGGUUAACAGUGUUAUGUAUACAUAUGCCCCAAAGCAGCCACUAAUGAGCACUGGACACCAAUUGAAAGACAUAAUAGACUGUCAGAGGAAACAACUACUGAGACUGCUGCACAUUUAUAAGUGACAGCUUUCCUAUUGAUUUGCUGGCCAUUAAUUGCAAAAGGCUUGUUGUUGUUGUUGUUGUUGUUGUGUGCUCAAAUAAAAAGGUAUUCAGAGUGCAAGAAUUCUCUCCAAGGUGAGAUGCUGUCAAGGCUGUUAUACAGCCUUUUGUUCACUGACAGCUGUUGUUGAACAUAUUGACCAAACAAAACAUCUUGGCAUUGUUUGUCUUUCAGAGAAAUAAAAUGGAGCUU